AUGGGGAAGAACACCGACGAGGAGCAGAAUCUCCCUGGGAGCGACGGAACCGCUACGGCCACGAAUAGCGGAGGAAACAGAUGCUCCGGCUGUUGCUGCGCUUCGAUCUCUAGAUACUUUAGUCUCAGAUGCGUUUUGAUACUUGCUUUCUCUGCUGCUGUGUUUCUCUCCGCCUUGUUUUGGUUGCCUCCAUUCCUCGGAUUAUCAGAUCGCGGGGAUCUAGAUCUCGAUCCAAGGUUUAAAGAUCACAGAAUAGUGGCGAGUUUUGAUGUUGAAAAACCAUUUUCGUUCUUGGAAGAAAAUUUGUUCCAGCUUGAGAAUGAUAUCACCGAUGAAAUAAGCUUUCCCAUGACCAAAGUUGUGGUGCUAGCCCUUGAACGCUUGGGUAAUCUUAACAGAACAAUGGUUAUUUUUGCCAUUGAUCCCGAGAAGGAGAAUUCCAAGAUACCUGCAGAAAUCGAGAGCCUGAUCAAAGCAGCUUUUGUAACUCUGGUCCAGAAGCAGCUGUUUCUCCGUUUGACUGAAUCCUUGUUCGGGCAACCAUUCUCUUUCGAGGUGCUAAAAUUCCCAGGAGGAAUCACUGUGAUCCCUCCCCAGCCUAUAUUUCCUUUACAGAAAGCACAGAUUCUCUUCAACUUCACAUUAAACUUUUCGAUUUACCAAAUUCAAUCAAACUUCGAGGAACUCACUAGCCAGCUGAAGAAGGGUAUAAAUCUGUCUCCCUAUGAGAACUUGUACAUAACCUUGUCAAACACCAGAGGCUCAACAGUGGCUCCUCCUGUUAUAGUUCAUUCUUCUGUUCUGCUCACAUUCGGUUCUUCUUCAAGGUUGAAGCAGCUUGCUCAAACCAUCACUAGCUCCCAUUCCAAAAACCUCGGCCUAAACCACACCGUCUUCGGUAAGGUUAAGCAAGUCCGUCUUUCCUCAAUCCUGCCACAUUCACCCGUCAAGCCAUCGCCUCCUUCCCCUUCCCCUUCUCCUCAACCUGAAACCCACCAGCACUACUACCAUCAUCAUCACCAUCAUCAUCGUCAUCACAACCAUCAUGAACUUGCUCCAGAACCUUCACCUGCAGCUAAGAGCUUCACACCUGCAACUAAGAGCCUUGCACCUGCAUCAGCGCCAACCAAACACUUACCUUUACCCCCGACAAACCCGCCUUGUCCUUACGAGCAGAGGAGACGGAAAGAAAACAAUGCUCGAAACCAUCACACUACACCACCAACUCCCGCACCACACCGGUCUCGGCCACACGCACCAGCACCAAACCCAACCCCGCCACAUCAUCAUGCCAUCCCAGUAUCGAGUCCGCUUCCCCACGUCGUAUUUGCUCAUAUCCCACCUCCAUCAAGAAGCAGCCCGGAAUCAGAACUAACUGGUGAAAAAGCUCCCUCACCUUCUCCUACUCCAUCUUCUGCGAGCAUUGGUCCAACCUUCAGAAGGGCAUCAUCGAAGCUCUUGCUAAUAGUAUCAGUUGUAAGCAUCUUUCUGUAA